AUGGGCGACCUUCAACAAUCCAGCCAGGACAAUGGCACAGACCGUAUCUUGCGGGUUGGUAUCGUCGGAUGUGGCGAGAUCUCUCAGGUCGCUCACAUUCCUAACAUCAAUUUCAUGUGGCACCGAUUCAGAACCACGUAUCUCUGCGAUAUCUCGGAGCAGUCUCUCCGCCACUGCUCUCACAAGGUGCUCGGGGGAACGCCGAAAACUACAGCACGCGCCGAGGAGCUUUGCUCUUCUCCCGAGGUCGACGUUGUCAUCAUCGCCAACGCGGAUGCGUACCAUGUUGAUCAUGGAAUUUUGGCUCUGAAGAAUGACAAAUAUUGCUUGAUCGAGAAGCCAGCCUCAAUCUGUUUCCGAGACAUUGAUAGACUCAUUGAAGCCGAGAAGACUUCUAAAGGAAAGGUCUUUGUGGGAACGAUGAGACGUUACUCUACGGCUUUCUUAGACGCCGUUCAAGAAGUCGGAGGCAUGAACAAAAUCAUCUAUGCAAGGGUUAGGGACAUCAUUGGCCCGAAUUCAAUCCCCGUGGCGCAGUCGGGCACCUUUCCUGAGAAGUUCAACGACUUCUCUGAAGCAGACACCCAGGACAGACUUAGCAAGCAGGAGGAAAUCUUUAACCAGGCUCUAGGAAAAGAGUUUGACGUUGAAGUUACCCCGGAAACGAAGAGAAUGUUACGGGUUCUUGGAGCCCUCGGAACGCACGAUCUAUCUGCAAUGCGAGAGAUCAUUGGAAUGCCUCAGUCGGUUUCUGGGGCAGUUUUGAAGCUCCCAGGCAUCUUCAGUGUGCUUUUUCAAUACGACGGAUUUCCCGUCAUCUACGAGUCUGGGCUGAUUGCGGUCCCGGAAUUCGAUGCGCAGAUCGAAGUAUUUUCCUCUGAGAAGAUUGUGCGAGUUCAGUUCGAUACCCCAUACAUCAAGGGUCUUCCUCACACAGUCACAAUACGAGAGAAGAUUGGGGAUGGAUUCCAAGAGAGAAAGAUCCGAAAAACUUUCCAGGAUGCGUACACCUUGGAAAUGUUGGACUUUUACGACUGUGCGGUGAAUGGCAGUAUUCCGAAGAGUAGUGCUGAGGACGCAAGAAAAGAUAUAGAGCUCUUCGAAAUGAUUAUGAAGGCAGGAUUCAAGAGCACAUAG